AUGAUCUCAGGUGGAGGAGGAAGUUCAUCAACAUCCUCAUGGGGACCAACGACGUCGGUGUCGGCAUCUGGGAAGAGGAUUCAGAGGGAAAUGGUGGAACUCAACAACGACCCUCCUCCUCAUUGCUCUGCUGGCCCCAAAGGUGAUAACCUCUAUCACUGGAUCGCCACCAUUAUUGGCACCCCAGGAACUCCCUAUCAAGGUGGCAUCUUUUUCCUUGACAUUAUCUUCCCCAGUGAUUAUCCCUUCAAGCCUCCCCAGGUUGUAUUCAAAACUCGCAUUUACCACUGCAAUGUAGAACCUGAUGGACAUGUUAGUAUGGGAAUAUUGAAGGAUGGUUGGAGUCCAGCACUAACAAUUACUAAGGUGCUACUUGCAGUUAGAUCAAUUUUGACAAAUCCUGACCCUUAUAAUGCUAUUGUCCCUGGCAUUGCUCAGUUGUAUUUGGGAGAUAGAGCAAAACAUGAUGAUAUUGCUUCAGAGUGGACAGUACGAUUUGCCAAGUGAAUCUGAUACAAGAGUCCUUUGACUUCUUAAAUGAAUGCUAUCUACAUGCUUUCUAACUGUAUGUUUAGAAAUCUCCAAAGCCAAAAUUAAUUCUGGGGAGAAUCUUAGCUUUUGGAUGCUGGAAUUGAUUCGGAGAAGAUCCAAAAAUGCGUUAUCUUGUUGUAUGAUUUUUCAAGGUCCUACCGAAUAGACUAGGCCUAGACCAUUCAGUGAAACCCACAUAAAAUUCACUCAUAAUAGUGUGUUCAAGAAAGUGUAUCAAAAUAAUUGUUAGCAAUUUUCUGUUGUCUUCAUGUACCAAUAUUUAUGUGAAUGAGAAAUGAUAGUUUCUGGUUCA